CUUGGAUGGUGGCACUGAAUUAUUACGGAGUUGUUUAUAUGUUUCGAGUCAGAAGUUUAACAAUUUGGGUUAUAUACGGCGCAACCUAUUUUUUGAGUAUGUCAAUAAAAUUGUAUCUUGUUGAUUUAAUAUGUGAAAUGACUGUGAAGGCAAGACAUGAAACGGCUGAUAUACUGAAGGAAUUCAACGAAAUUGUUCUGGAAUCAAAUGCGUUACAUAAAUCGUGUGAACAGUUUGGAUUGCAAGUUUGCUGCUUCGACACUGAUAUAGACUUAUGUGGAAUGUUUUCUAUGAACAGAUCUCUCUUCUUUAAGGGAGAAGCAAAAAUAGUUUCCUACACCAUCGUUUUGCUACAAUUUCAUCUAACUUUGGGUGAGAAAUGA